AUGACUCUGGCAGUCCCAGCACUCAUCGGUGCGGACGGAAAAUACAGAGUUCAUAUUGUUGGGAACUCUGGUAAGCUCGCCAAGAGAUUUACGGGGUUCUUGAACGUCUUUUUUUCGACACAGAGCACUACUGGUCGAAAACUGGCAGAAAUCCUUGGUGUUCCCUUCAUCUCUCUCGACACGCUUCAUUGGAACCCUGGUUGGAAAGCUUCUACUGGACCAGAGUUCCAUGAAAAGGUCCAAAACGCCCUCAACGCCGCUCCGGAAGGCUGGGUAGUGGAUGGAAACUAUUCUAGUAAAUUGGGCGAUUUAGUCGAUACCAACGCGACGGACAGGAUCUGGCUUGACCCACCCCUCCUGCAAUACCUCCCUCGUAUUAUCCUGCGAACUCUACGCCGCUUACUUCGCCUAGGAGAGCCUUGCAGCCCUGGCUGCAACGAGAGGUUCACCGAAGUGUUUUUCUCCAGAGACAGCAUUAUCUGGUGGUGUAUCACCCACCACUCGGUGGUCCGAAAGCGAGAAACCUUGAAUUUUGCGAAGAUGGGACUUGGUGUUGGAAGUGACUUAACGGGUCGCAAAAUGCGCCGCAUCGGAGGAUGGGGGAAAGAGUUGGAACAGUGGCUUGGGGCUGUUAGGCACCUAGUUCGAAGCAAAUGA